GAGUACUCGCCGCUUUUCUAUAUUGCAGUGGUCUUUACGUGCUUCAUCGUGACUACUGGCCUGGUGUUGGGAUGGUUUUUAUCUGUACUUUGGAGAGCUUCAUCUCCUGGGCUUGUCGCUGAUGCCCCAUGGGCCCAGGUAGCAGCGGUACUGGAAGGAGCACUCGAGGGCACUGACCUGCUCUGCAGUGAAUGAGGUGUGCACGCGGGUUGCCUGCGCAGUCAGCCUCUUGGCUCAGUAGAGGUUUGGUUGGGAUGUUCCAGUAAUUCUGAGAAAUUCAGAAGAGACCCAAUUCAACACAAGAGUCUUCAAAAAGCAAAUGAGACAAGUCAAGAAUCCUUUUGGCUUAGAGAUCACCAAUCCAUCUUCAGCUUCAAUUACAACUGGCAUAACUUUGAGAACAGAUUGCCUUGAAGACAGCCUCCUUACAUGCUACUGGGGGUGCAGUGUUCAAAGAUUAUAUGAAGCUCUGCAGAAACACUUUUAUUGCUUCCGAAUAAGCACUCCCCGAGCAUUGGAUGAUGCUCUGUAUAGUGAAUAUCUCUAUCAAGAGCAGUAUUUUAUUAAAAAGGACAGCAAAGAAGAAAUAUAUUGCCAGUUACCAAGAGAGAACAAAAUUGAAGAUUUUGGUAUGGUGCCCAGAUCUCGUUAUCCACUUGUAGCCCUGUUGACCCUGGCCGAUGAGGAUGACCGAGAAAUUUAUGAUAUUAUUUCUAUGGUGUCAGUAAUUCAUAUUCCUGAUAAGACUUAUAAACUCUCGUGUAGAAUAUUAUAUCAAUAUUUACUCCUGGCUCAAGGUCAAUUUCAUGAUCUUAAGCAACUUUUCAUGUCUGCAAAUAAUAAUUCCACUCCCUCCAGCAAUUCCUCUCCAGAAGGAAAAAAUACAGACCAAAGCUUGAUGGAAAAGGCAGGACUAUCUGAAAGUGAAGUAGAGCCACUGGAGGAGAACAGCAAGGACUGUGUGGUUUGCCAGAAUGGGACAGUGAACUGGGUGCUCUUGCCGUGUAGACACACAUGCUUGUGUGAUGGCUGUGUUAAGUAUUUUCAGCAGUGCCCUAUGUGCAGGCAGUUUGUUCAGGAAUCUUUUGCACUUUGCAGUCAAAAAGAGCAAGAUAAAGACAAACUGAAAAGUCUCUGAGGAUGUUGUUACUACUGAAAAGUAUACUUUCCACUGAAGAUGCAAACAUAUGUUCCUAGAAUUAAUCAUAACAUGGAAUCUACGGUAUUAAACAUCAGUGAAAAUUCUGUUUUAACUUCAUAUUUGUACAUGGUACAUGGAUGAUGAAAAUGAGUUAUUCCUUGCUGUUCACUAUGGCAAACACUGGAAUCCUAUUCAGUGUCAACGCAUAAAAAUUCAUCCAACUCUCGAGAAGAAUGUAAACUUUGGACUUUUAUCAGCUGGUGGAUUUCAUGUAAUGUCCAUGAGAAAACUUCUGAAAAUCAAUCCAUCCAAAAUUUGAGGAAGUAAAAGUCUUAAGAUUUUUCAAUGUUUUUCCUUUGACAUAAUCUGGAGUUCAAUUGGGUAAAAACUAAUUUCUUCUUAAAGUACUUGUAUAUUCCCUAGUUUACAAAAGAGUAGGAAAGGGCUUCUAACUUUAAAUCCUUUCAUAUCAGUUUUUAUAAAUAUCCAUCUGUUUAGUUUCUAAUUUUCUUAUAAUCAUAGUCAUAUAAACACAAGUCUUAAUUUUUAAAUAUAGCUUCUUAAAUCAUAAAUGCAAGAUACAGAUCUUGACUGUUCUCAGUGUAUCAUAGAUUAAAAUGAUACUCAUUUAUAGGAAGCAGAUAUAUAAAACAUGGGUAAUAAAAUUUCUUGGAUAAUUAAAUUUAUUGUCAAAGAUGAUUAGAUUAGCAGAAUGUGACCUAUCAGGAAGAUCUAUGAGAUUUUAAUGCCUUACCUUACAUUUCCUCCUGCACAAGGAAUCUAUCCAAAACUGGAGGGUUUUUAGAGCCAGAAAAAUCACUAAAAGAAGCAAAUAACUAUAUUUUUCUAGUGUGGUUUUUAUUCCAAAUAAACCCCAUGUCCUCUGAAUAGUAAAUCACUUUCUUUAUCUCCUGUUUCAUCCUCUUUAAGAAUUGAGGAAAUGGAAAGAUGGAAAGUCAAAAAAAAAAAAAAAAAAAGAGCCCCACUCCUCACUUUCUCCAGGAUGAAAAAAGUAAAUCAGAGCUUCCUGUUUCUUUGGUGGAAAUUACCUUUAAUUCACUAAGAAAUUAGAUCAUGGUAAAUAAACUAUGACAUGCAGGGAGAUUUCCAAGCCUUUUUGUCCUGUUUGUAUUAAGGAUAAUGCCUUAUCUUUGUAUCAGUGUAUUUACAUAAUAUUUUUUCAUUCCCAUCAAAUAUAGCACUCUCAAAAAGA